AUGUUGUCGCAGCCACAGAGAUGGCAAAGAUCUCGCGAGGAAGGCUCCAGCCCCUGUCCAGCUCAGGGCGAUGUCCAGGCACAGGGAUCCAUCAGGAAGACGAAUUUGGAAGAGCGAUACCACGAAGAAGGAUACCACGAAGAGCCCCUGAGACGGCUUGCACAGGGCCAUGCUGGAUUCACGCUUAUACUACAAUCCCAAUCAGCAUUGAUUCCUCAAGGAAGCACUCAUGGUCAAGUACAAUCUGCUAAGCGCUCGUCGUCGCCCAGACUGAGAGAAGCUGCAGAGACUCUCUGUUUGCUAGCCGGAUCAGGUUUGGAGACCGAGUUGCCGGACUCACGCCAAGUCCCGUACUCGAACGAUCAACUUUCACACCAACACAUCAACACGACCGCGACUGCGCAUCAGCUCAGUCUUUCUCAUACCGGACAACACGCACACGAGAGCGCAUCACCCCUGAACCCGCUGGCGACAUCAACGCCAACGAACGCCUUGUUGAAAUCAUCUCAUCCAUCGAACGCAAACAUCCAAGCCCUAUACAAAGGCAGCAACGUGACAGACUCUCAGCCAAGCCUGCCCGAGAUGAAGAGUUCAGAAAUCGAUGUCGAGAAAUACCUGGAUGGCGUGGAGGAUCGAUCUGCGCACAACAGAAACCGUCGCAUUCUCGAGGUUUUGGACAGCAUCUACAACCUUCCGACCGGCCAGCGUGGAACACAACUCCGCAACUUUGUCAGUUGUCUUGAACUGUCCCAAGGAAAGCAAGACUACGUUUUCCGCGUCCUCAGAAGUAGACUACAAACUAUCAACGAUCCUUCCAAGGAGCGUUACCUAGUCACAAAGUGGCUGCUCGUCUUGGUUUUCCAUGCGCAGGAGGAAGCAAUGAAAGCCAGAGACGCCGCCAAGCUUGCCGAACAGGUCAAACCCCAGGCACCUCUCUGCGGCGAAGGUUUCCACAAGUUGAGAUGUGGCCAUUACCGUGCCUCUCACGAAGAAUGCGGUAUGAACUGCUACGGCCGCUCAACCUUCCCCGACAAGCCUCUCGAUUUCGACGCUCGCAUGUCCGAGAUUGUUUGCUUCAAGUGUCUUUGCUAG